AUGGCCCGAGGAUCUUCAGGACGCAGUCCAAACCAUAUCGUCUCGGUCUUGAACUCGCCUUCUAUCUCCUCUUCCUCUUCACCGGAACCUCAACUUGCUUCCAACAUGGCUCGAAAGAACAUGCGCCAGAGCUCUCAGGAUGAUACUACGAUGCCCGUCACCUAUACACCAACCACCCAUCGCAUCAGCAAGGCCAAGAAGGGAAAGCGCGUACACGCCUGUCAAUACCCAGGAUGCGGAAAGGUCGGCGCAAUGAUAUAUACACCUAUCGAAUCAAUCAAACUGACUCCAUUGCAGGUCUUCACCAGGGCUGAGCACCGAAGACGCCAUGAGUUGAACCACAACCCCGAGGCAUCAUUUCGCUGCGCAACACAAGGAUGCAAGAAGGCAUUCCACCGCGCUGAUUUACUUGCGCGCCACAUGGAGAGACACGAACUCGAAUCGCAAUCAGAGCAAUCCUGGGUAUCUAACACCCCCAAAACCGUAAAUGAGUCCACUGUCCCGCGCUGUAUGUCAAUGGAUCACGGAAUGCCAUUGACCGCAACCUCCCAUUCACACUCCAUGUCCAUCGGCUCACUCGUGGGACCUGGGGUUCAUCCGGACCUGGCCAGCGACUGCUUAUCAAUGUGGAGCGGCGUGGACCUACCUCUACAGCCCCGCCCGGCCUUCCACAGCCAUCUCCCCGAGUCCGUUGAUGACAAUCCGUUCUAUUCUUCCCCAGCAGAGACCUGCCCCUCGCCUUUGUCGGAUGCGACUUUCUCUCUUCCUCCCCACUCUAGCUCCUCCAUCUCUUCUGCGUCUGUGUCGGUCAUCGAUCAGUACCCGAAGAAUAUCCUCAAGGGCGAUGUCACUUCAUCCCCGCUCCAGAUGCACACUCCUCUCCGCUGGGAUACCGAUGCGGGUAUGCCCCCAUCGCACCUAGUUCCCAUGUCCAUGGGAGAGAAUAUGAUUCAGCCGCCCGUUCAGUGUCACUACCCCUCUCCUUCAUGGUCUAGCGCAGACUGCCUUCCCUACGAGGACCAGGUCCACUCCAUGCACCAGUUCCAGCCCGUGACCUGGGGCAUAUGA